AUGGAGGAGUUCGACGAGGCCGACGUCCUGUGGCCGGACCACGACGACGACGAAGAACCUGUCCAAGUGCAAGACCUUCAGCAGCAGCAGCGUGUGUCACCGGCGAUCAAGCCGCACGACAAGAUCGAGGCGGCGCGUCGCCCGGCGGGCUCGUCGUCGGCGCCGAUGGUCAUCCCCGUGGCGCCAAGGUUCCCGAUGAUGAUGGAUUAUGGCUCGUGGGCGCGGAGGUGCCACAGCGACGGCGUUGGGGGCGCGUCGUUCGUGGCGCCGCACGUGAUUACGGCGAGGCGGCGGUGCGCGUCUUCGGAGGAGAGGUCGGUGUGCGUGGGGCAGGGGCGCACGCUCAAGGGCCGCGACCUCCUCUAUGUCCGCACCGCCGUGCUCCGCAUGACCGGCUUCCUCGAGACCUGA